UCAAACAUGACUGCUCUCCUAACAACCUUAAAUCAACUUCAAAAAUAUACUCACUCACCACCACCCUGAGUAUUCCAAUAAAAAAUGACUAGCCAAGUUGAAACUAUCCUCGAGCCAUGGCAUGAUCUGACCGGAAAAGUUGUGUUUGUCACCGGAGCAUCAUCCGGUAUUGGCAAAGAGUUCUGCCUUGAUUUAGCGCGAGCGGGUUGUAAGAUCAUUGCUUCUGCUAGGAGAGUUUAUUUGCUGAAAUCUCUGUGUGAUGAGAUUAAUGGAAUGAAAAGUUCUUCGGCUGGACCGGAGAGUGAUAAGGUCGGGUUUCGAGCGUUUGCGGUGCAGCUGGAUGUUAGUGCCGAUGAGAAAACCAUUGAGGCUGCUGUAGAGAAGGCUUGGGGAGCAUUUGGGCAUAUUGAUGCUUUGAUUAACAAUGCGGGACUUUCAGGUCAACCCCGUCAUCCCUUGGACUAUAAAGAGAAAGAUUGGGAGUAUAUGUUCCGGACAAACACAACCGGCUCAUGGUUGGUUGCAAAACAUGUCGGUUUACGCAUGCGUAAAGCUAAACGAGGCGGUUCGGUGAUUAACAUUUCAUCAAUUACUGGCACUGGUCGCGUUUAUCUGCCAGGAGGUGUUGCUUAUGCCUCUUCGAAAGCGGCUGUUAAUACAAUGACUAAAGUGAUGGCAAUGGAAUUGGGAGCCAACAAUAUAAGAGUUAACUGCAUAAAUCCUGGAAUAUUCAGAACUGAAAUCACUCAAGGACUAGUAGACAAGGACUGGUUUAAUAACGUGACGUUGAAAACGAUCCCGAUGAAGACUCUUGGCACGAUAAAUCCGGCGUUGACGGGUCUCACACGGUAUUUGAUCCACGAUUCUUCAGCAUAUGUGACGGGAAGCUGUUUUAUUGCUGAUGCGGGUACAAGCUUGGUAUCACUUCCUAUUUUUUCAUCUCUAUGAAAUUAACGUCGUCUUGUAAAAUUUCAUGAAAUGAAGUGCUUAUGAUUACAAUUAAAUUGUUAUUAUUGAGGACACUCGUAUAAUCAUCCUUGAUGCACAUGAAUCAAAUGAGUAAUAUUUGUGGAAACUU